AUGAAUAAGGACCAAGGUAAAUCUCGUUUUGGUGUUCGUGGGAACUCCAACGCCAAACAGGGACGCGUGAGCAAGAACACCGAAUAUUUUAAACAGGGGCGACCUCAGUGCGUCGCGAUGGCCACCGAUGUACUGCAGAGAUAUUGUGAGAAAAUUAAGCACGAACUUUUCCAGAGCGUUUUGCCAUUCUGGGAUCGUCACAGCGUGGACAAUGAGUUCGGUGGUUUUUUUGCUUGCCUUGAUGUGGAUGGGGACCGCUAUGAUGACCGCAAAUUCAUGUGGUUGAAUGGUCGGCAGAUCUACAUGUACGCCACCAUUUGUGGGGCCUACACAGCCUCUGAGCUCUCAGAGCUUAGCACUGAUCGUCUCAGCCGGGAGAAACUGCUGAAGGAUGCCCUGAACGCGGCGAAGUUCAUGUAUGCGCAUGGGGUCCGUGAAGGGAAGGUCUUCUUCUCUUUGACGCGCGAAGGUGAACCUUACCACUUUGAGCGGAAAAUCUUUUCGGCAUGCUUCCUGUCUCUUGGCCUGGGUUCUUUGGGAGCAGUGCUGAAGCAAGAUGGAAGGAUCGACGAAGGAGAAGGCCUGGUGGCCAAAAGCUUGCUACUCCUGAAGCUGAUUAUCGGGUGGAGUCAUGACCCCUCGUCGCUUGGUCGAGAGGUGUGCGAGGGGGCCCCAAAGACGAGCCCUAUGAACGUACCGAUGAUCCUCUUAAACAUCCUGGAUGAGCUGCAGGUGAAGGGGGCGAUCUCGGUCGAAUCUGCUAUGGCUGCUGACAUUGAUGUGAAGCAGGAGGAGGAAUGGUGUGUGGCAGAGAUCAUGAAGCACGUUAGGAGCAAUGAGCAGCGAGUGCUGGAGGUGGUUCUGGCUGAUGGCUCGUUGUGUCCUGGCUAUGAUGGACGACAUAUGAACCCUGGACAUGCCAUCGAAGCUGGUUGGUUUAUUCUUAGCUACGCACAGCGAACGGCAAACCACGAGCUUGCAGAGGUGGCGGAGAAGAUGAUCACUUGGUCCUUCGAAGCUGGAUGGGACAAGGAUCACGGGGGGCUUUUCUAUUUCCUGGACGCAGAGGGACGCUCACCCGUGUUUUUGGAGUGGGACAUGAAGCUUUGGUGGCCACACAAUGAGGCUAUGAUUGCCUUCGCCAUGUUGUAUGAAGCUUCAUGCAAGGAGGAGCACCUUCAGGCGUUUGUUCAAGUGGCAGACUACACUUUGGCACACUUCAGUGAUCCCACCCAUGGGGAGUGGUUUGGAUAUUUGAAUCGCACGGGGCAGGGCGCGGAUGUCCGCAGUGCAGUGGCGCGCCUUGAGGCGCGCAUGCACGCGCUGGAGGGGCAGAGCCUUCGCUCAGAUCGCCGUGCCUCCGAGCUGGCCGGCUUGGCACAGGCCCUCACAGAGGAGCAACGGGCUUUGCUGAUCCGUCUGGACCGCCUAGAGGUGCCUGAGGACCGUCUGGGGCGCCUGGAGCAGGAACAUCGCACUUUAGCGUUGGAGCUCCGCUUGACGGUGUCUGUAGCGGAGGAGGCGGUGGUUUUUGUGAAUCAGUGCGAAGGUGGUGAGCCUGAUUUGGAUGGAGGUGACACCUUGGAGGCCAAGGUGGGUGGUUUGACAGCAAGUGUCGAAAAGCUCCAGCGGCAGAUGGCAGAGGCAGUGGAGCACAGCGAAGCGAACAGAUGGAGAGCGAGGGCGUACUUUGGCCAGAUCGCCAGGCGGGCGCUUUGGUUCUGGAAUGGAGUCGUCGGCGUGGAAGCCUUGCUGGGGCCGCUGAAGCAGGUCUUUGAGAGGUCCGGGCGCCAUGGCCUGCUGAUGGAUGUGGGUGCUCACCACGGAAAUGCCAGUAAGGCCAUCCUGAGCGUUCUGGGCCAGGCAAGCACCUUCUUGUGGGACGAACGAGUGCCGCAGGAGCACCUGGAGUUGGUGCUCUUUGAGCCACAUCCAGCCAAUUGUGCUAUCCUGCGGAGGGAAAUGCGUCGCUGGCGCCGGGGUCAAGGUGCCGAGGUUAACCUGGUGCAAGCAGCUGUGUCUGACAAACCUGGAAAGCAGCUCCUCUAUGGCCAGGGUGAGGGCGGGUCCUUGUCGCCGAAGGUGAGCGUCGGCAGACAGCAGCAGAACACCAGUGCAGCCUACAGCGUGAAUGUGGUGUCCUUGGACUCCUACCUUGAGAAUCGCCGCUUCCAGGGAGAGGUCUUUCUUCUGAAGAUCGAUGCUGAGGGGUUUGACCCUUUGUUUCGACGGUCUACAUUCAGAACAUGGGCACGGAGGCAACACUGCGCCUUUGGUCGCUCUCCUUCUUCGGUGAUCCUUGGCGCACAGAAGCUGUUGACGCAGCGACGGGUGAGGUACCUAGUCUUCGAAGUUGAUCGAGCAUGGUUCUGGGCCUCUCAUGGCAUUCGGCUGGAAGAGGUCGUUGAGCAUCUCUUCUCCUUUGGCUACCUUUGCUUUGUCAUGGACAUAGAGGCCUUGGCUCCUGUCUACAGCUUCUGGUGGCAUCCGAGCUUCCGGCACAUGACCUGGUCGAACGUCUUUUGCGCACGUGAGUCGGACCCAGACCUCUUUGCUAUUUUCCUCUCCUAUGGUUACACAGAAGCCAGUUUCUGGUUUGCAGCCGUGGAGCUGCAAUUAGUGACCCUCCCGCCCGCGCGGAGCGCGCGGGAGUCGGUGGCCGCCCGGAGGGCGCGGAGGGCUGGGACCCAAAAAGGCUUCUGCGCAAAGUCAGAGGAGUCAAUCUGUGAGCCCAUCCAGGCUGACCUUUUUGCAGGCUGCCCGUUCGCCGGAAGAGGUGGAACCUUUAGCGCUGAAGGUGGAUCACCUUGAAAACUUCUGCUGUGAGCUGCGUGAGACCUUGGAGGUUUGGCGUCUCGAGGGCAGCGUGUUCUGGGGAAGCAAAAGAGUUAUGGACCCUUUUGGUUGUGUGCAUAGCGGAACUGUUCCUUCUCUUUGCGCAAGUGAAAGGGGUUCAUAUGCAUGCAGUGCUGCAUGACCAGGGUUUCAAAAGUUGGGACUUAAAUCUUGCAGACUCGACAUGAAACAGUUUUUCAUGAAACACUUUUUCAUGUCACUGUGUACCAUCAACACGUCAAAGGGGGUUGAGCCAAUCCACGAAACCGUAUCCCAACGUAGACAUCAACAAGUGACCCCGGUGCAAUGCCACUUCCAAGGAAGGACCGGGAGGCUUUGAAAAACAUUUCAUUUCCAGGUCUCGAGGGUUUGUGCCAAGUCGCAAAACCAUCAAACUGAGAAACACCAGAAGUUUCGGGGCUUCAAGGCUUCGGUUUGAGUUCCUUACGCCGAAGGUAAACUUGUUUGGACUGACAUUUUGUUGGACACGGGAAGAGUAGGUUUCGCAAAAGGUUCUAUGAUUUUCGCAAAUCUUGCCCAACCGAUUUGCACGUGGACUUUCCUAGGAGGGUGCCAGUGUAACAUUAGUGGAGUGGCGGGGGAAGGUGAGCGCUACUUGGUAGCUACUUCCUGAGCAUGCGACCAUGACCUGUCACUAGUUUCCCGUCCAGAAGCACGGCAAGGGAUGGUAGCUUGAAACAAUCUGCAAAUCCAUCUUGUUUGUAACCGCAUUGGACGUGUUGUUCGUAGCCGCCUCAAGCAGCAACAGAAGGGUUUUCAGCCGCAUAAAGCUGAGGUGCCACAAAGUUUUGUGAGACAUGUGCAGGCUUUGGGGAGUCAGAGCGAGCGCACAAAGUAAAAGUGCUAUGCAGACUGUGAGGAGGACAAUCCCAGAGCAACCAAACCAGGAACAAGAUUUUUGGAACUGGUUUCUGUGAAGGUGGCAGUCCUAUGCCGCAGGUGGUCUUGUGCGUGGUCAGUACAUGUCAGUAUCAGAAACUGGCUUCGGUGCGUGCGUUUUUCUUUGGUCGUGAAGUCAGUGAGGUGAUCAGUUUAUGGUUGUGACUGCUGGUGAAGUGGUAAGUUAUUCUUGCUGGUGCUCGCAGCCCGGUGGUUGGGUGCUUGGAAUCCUUAACGUACUCGUACAAAAUUCUUGUGCAAGCCAGCGCUGGACUCUGCUGGUGUUGGUUGGCCGAGGGCCAGUCCAUUGUAUACUGACCAUAAAUUAAAGUGCUCCAGUGCUGCUCCAGUUUCUAAUUUGGAAGUUGUUUGGUUUCCAGAUCUAUUGGUGGAAACGUUCCAGGAUCGCUUCAAGCUGGCGCUAGAAGAUCUUCAACGACAGGUGCCUGACUUGCUACAGAAGUUUCAGCGCCAGGUGGAGGACGGCGCGGAUCGCGCCGAGAAACUCCAUGAGCUGGAGGUGCGCGUGGAGAUGUCCAACCAACGCAUCACUACCCAGGAAGAAAGAUUGCAAAGCUGCUCAGAGCGUGUGGAGAAGAGUGUGUCCUUGCCACAGCUUCGCACACUCUGCCGAGAGGAGCUACAAAAGCGCCUUUUAGAGGAAGAUUUGUUGGGCACUGCUUCUGCGAUUCUCCAGCAGCAGGAGGCCCUCAGUGAGGUGCAGCUUCAGAUGCACCGACUGGUGGACCGGCUUCAGCUAAUGGGACUGAGACAAACUCAGGCCGCCACGUUGUGAGGCGAGGGCAGCAAAUGGAUGUGAAGGGCGGAAGACAGGCG